CCGCCUCAGAGUGAGGGUCAGAGCCCAGGGAGAGAGUGUAACCAGCCGCCCGAGGGAGAGUGUAACACAGCCGCCUGAGCGUGAGGGUCAGAGCCCGGGGGAGGUCAUCAGACAACCUCGUCUCCUCUUCCACCUCGAACGGCCACCCUCCCCAACAAAAAAAGAAAACACCAUAUUUCAGCUGCAGAAAAACUUCUUCGAUAGCAUUGACUCUCUGGCUGAAAGAAAACUUAGCACGCGACUGCGGGGCGCCGCGACUUUGUUACAUGAAGCCUGCUUUUUGUCCUGACCGCUGCCAAAAAAAAGAAGCCCUAGCGUCCAAUGUGAUGUCCCGUGAGUGAACAAGAAGAGUGGGCUCGGUGGGAAUCGAUAGGGAGUUUAUUCUUUCUGGGAUAGAGAGUAGAGAGUUGAAGGCGUUCCAGAAGUUGAUGGAGAUGGGGAAAGAAGCGGGUGAGAGGCGCCAGCGGACUUUCUUCCUGGCCCUUGUGCUGAGCGUGUGGCUGGGACAAGGAGUGGCCGCUAUCACCGUCAAGUACCAAGUGUACGAGGAGCAGCCGGUCGGCACGGUGAUCGGGAGGCUGUCCGAGACCCUGGCGGCUGAGCUCAACCCGUCGUCUCAGCGGUUCCGGGUGAUGCAGCAGCGGGUGAAUGCGUCUCUGCUGUCGGUGCGGGAACGGGACGGUGAGGUGAGCGUGGCCGAGCGCCUGGACCGGGAGAGGCUGUGCAAGCCGAGCGCGGCGGCGUGCCGCAUCGCCUUCGACGUGAUCACCCUGCCCACCGAGCACCUGCAGCUCAUCCAGGUCGAGGUCGAGGUGCUGGACAUCAACGACCACUCGCCCCACUUCCCGCGCCCUGCUAUCCCGCUGGAGAUCUUCGAGAGCGCCUCGGUGGGGUCCCGCUUCCCGCUGGACAGCGCGGUGGACCCGGACCUGGGCGAGCACUCGCUCCACACCUACACGCUCAGCCCGAACCCUCACUUCGCCCUGGAGGUCCGCACCGGGGCCGACGGCGCCAAGUCCGCCGACCUGGUGGUGGUCCGGGAGUUGGACCGGGAGAGCCAGGCCAGCUACGAACUGAGGCUGGUCGCCAGCGACCACGGAGACCCUCCGAGAUCGGGCUCGUCCUUGCUCCGCAUCAGCGUGGCCGACUCGAACGACAACAGCCCGGUCUUCGAGCGCUCCUCCUACACCGUCCGCCUGGCCGAGGACUCGCCCCAAGGCUCGCUCCUCCUGGACCUGAACGCCACCGACCCGGACCAAGGCAGCAACGGGAGGGUGGUCUACUCGUUCGGCAGCCACGCGUCCCCCCGGGUGAUGGAGACCUUCCGCAUUGACCCGGACACCGGGCACUUGCUACUGCUCCGCCCGGUCGACUACGAGCUGAGCCAGACCUACGAGAUCGACGCCCAGGCUCAGGACUUGGGUCCCAACUCCAUCCCGGCCCACUGCAAGAUCCUCGUCCAGGUGCUGGACGUCAACGACAACCCGCCCGAGAUCGCCGUCAGCCUGGUCCCGCUGGGCAGCGACGUGGCCUCGGUGUCCGAGGCCGCUCCCCGCGACACCUUCGUGGCCGUGGUGCGGGUCGACGACAGAGACUCGGGCACCAACGGCCAGGUGACCUGCCGCCUCCAGGGCCACGCCGGUCACUUCAGGAUCCUGCAGACCAACGAGAAAAACUACAUGAUCCAGACCAACCAGACCCUGGACCGUGAGAAGAUCGCCCAGUACAGGCUGGAGGUGAUCGCCGAGGACCUGGGCACUCCGAGUUUUACCACCGUCCAGUACCUCACCGUCCAGGUCGCCGACGAUAACGACAAUGCCCCCCAGUUCCAGAAAAGUACGUACGAACUGUUCCUGCUGGAGAACAACUCUCCCGGGCUCUUCAUCACCUUGAUGACAGCCACCGACGCGGACUUUGCCGAGAACAGCCAGGUGACCUACACCAUUCUGGAGUCCUACAUCUCUGGCAGCUCCAUCACUACCUACCUGACCAUUGAUCCAUCUAUUGGAGCAAUCUAUGCACUGAGGACCUUCGAUCGUGAAGAGAUGAGCAGGAUUUCAUUUACGGUCCAGGCCAGGGAUGGAGGGACCCCUCAGCUUACUAACAACACCACUGUUGUCCUGACCAUUCUUGACCAGAACGAUAACUCGCCAGCCAUUCUUAAGCCCGUUUUGCGGAAUGGCACGGCAGAAGUCCCAAUCCCUACUGAUGCUGGGCCCAAUUAUUUAGUGACUACCAUAACAGUGGUUGACAAGGAUGCAGGCAUCAAUGCCGAGUUCACUUGUGGCAUCCUUGAGGGAAACCAACAUGGGCUUUUUACUUUGGAUCCAAGAACUUGUGACAUUUAUACCAAUGAGAGCUGGGUUUUGGGUGAGGAGAAAAGUUGGGACCUCAUGGUGGCUGUGCAAGACAAAGGAAUCCCAAGUCUGAGCACAGUGGCUGCCCUAAAAGUUGUGCUGGCUGAACUUGGAGAAGAAAUCCACCAUGAUGAGCAGAAUAGUUUAGAUGACUCUAUGAUCAUCAUCAUAUCACUGGGUGUAAUUUGUGCUGUUUUGCUUAUCAUCAUGGCAAUGUUUGCCACAAGAUGCAAUCGCGAAAAGAAGGACAACAGAUCUUACAACUGCCGAGUGGCAGAAUCCACCUAUCAGCACCACCCCAAGCGACCAUCCAGGCAGAUUCACAAAGGUGACAUCACUCUGGUGCACACGGCAACUGGCACUCUUCCCAUCAGAUCGCAGCAUAAGGCCACUCCUUCCUCUUCGCCAACUCUCUCAGGAAUAGAUCGGGGUCAGAUGUGCAGCAGACAAACCAAUCAUAGCCGCCAGUCUCUCAACAGCUUGGUGACUUUAUCCUCCAACCAUUUACCUGAAAACUUUUCAUUGGAGCUUACACAUACUUCUCCACCUGUUGAGCAAGUUUCUCAGCUGCUGAGCAUGCUACAUCAAGGCCAGUAUCAACCAAGACCAAACUUUCGAGGAAAUAAAUAUUCCAGAAGUUACAGAUAUGCUCUUCAAGAUAUGGACAAAUUCAGUCUGAAGGAUAGUGGUAGGGGUGACAGUGAAGCUGGAGAUAGUGACUAUGAUUUGGGCAGAGAUUCUCCCAUCGAUAGACUUCUAGGGGAAGGUUUCAGUGAUCUCUUUGUCACGGACAGUCAUCGAUUUCAUCCAGCAAUGAAGUUGUGCACAGAUGAAUGCAAAGUAUUGGGCCACUCUGAUCAAUGCUGGAUGCCACCUCUGUCUUCAGGUGUUUCUACUGAUUACCGGAGCAACAUGUUUAUUCCUGGUGAGGAUACGCAACAGCUUCAAGAAGAUGACUGUGACUCUUCCGAUUCCAAUGAGAAGAAAACAAGCUUUUUAACCUUUGGCAAAGAGUCCCAGAAUGAGGAGACUGAAGAUCUUGGGACUUCAUCCCUCCUGUCAGAAAUGAACAGUGUUUUCCAACGAUUGCUGCCUCCACAAAUGGACAUAUAUUCAGAAUGCAAUGAAGUUGGCAGUGUAAGUUCUUUGGAAAAUAAGAAAGGACAUUUGGCAUUGAAGCCAGCUCCCUAUCCACAAGGUGUGGCAGCUUGGGCAGCAAGCACGCACUUCCAGAACCCAGUGAACAAUGUUGGCGUAGCUCCAGUUAAUCAUAUAAAUCCACCAACCAUCUCUAAAUGGUUGCCAGCCAUGGAGGAAAUCCCAGAGAAUUAUGAAGAAGAUGAAUUUGAUAACGUUCUCAGCCAGCUUGCCCCUUGUAAGCGCGAGAGUAAACAUGAACUUAUUGAUGCCAGUGAACUUGUAGCAGAAAUUAACAAACUUUUACAAGAUGUCCGGCAGAGCUAAAUAAUGGUUGUGUACAUUUAUUUUCUCUUCCUUUUGUUUUGGAAACUGGAAGAUAGUCAUUGCCAACACUUUGCAUUUAUCAAGUAAAUGUGUCUAUGACUUUGAAUACAGUUAUAUUUUCACAUUAAGUAUACCAAUUUGUGUAAUUAUGUUUGUAUUUUAAAAAUACAUUUUGUAUUCUAUUUAUAUUUUUCAAAUAAAACUUAUUUUUAUAUUC